GCAAAAACGGACCUCUUCACAUAAAUCUCAUUUCUAUAAUUAGACUCACAAUUUCUCAAUCUCAGAUUAUAAUUAACACUCUACCAAAAAACGAAGACGAAAGAAACGAAGAAGGAAGGAAGAUAAAACAAUAAUGGAGAGUAACAACGAGAAGAAGAAAGUUGCAAUACAAUCAUCAUCGUUCAGACUACGUAGCCCAAGCUUAAACGCACUUCGUCUCCAACGGAUCUUCGACUUAUUCGACAGAAACGGCGACGGUUUCAUUACCGUCGAAGAGCUAAGCCAAGCUUUAACGCGUCUCGGUCUCAACGCUGACCUCUCCGAUCUCAAAUCUACCGUCGAAUCGUACAUCCAACCUGGCAACACCGGUCUCAAUUUCGACGAUUUCUCAGCUCUGCACAAGACACUCGACGACUCUUUCUUCGGCGGAGAAGCAGAUUUCGACAAUGAAGAAGACCCUUCUUCCGCCGCCGCCGAUGAGUCGGAUCUCCAGGAGGCGUUUAAGGUCUUUGACGAGAACGGUGACGGAUUCAUCUCCGCUAGGGAGCUUCAGGCUGUUCUGAAGAAACUUGGGUUACCUGAAGGAGGAGAGAUGGAGAGAGUGGAGAAGAUGAUCGUUUCCGUUGACCGGAAUCAAGAUGGUCGCGUUGACUUUUUUGAGUUCAAGAACAUGAUGCGAACCGUCGUCAUCCCUUCUUCUUAAUUCUCUCAGAAAAGCAAAAAAAACCGUUUUUUUUCUUUCCUAAAGUCAUUAUUUGUAUUUUUCUCAGUUUAUGUAACGAAUGAUUCAAACAUAUAUUAUAAACAAAAAUAAACUUUUUUAUUA